CAUAGUUACAGGGGCAGGGUUACCCUUUCUGCCCUGUCAGAUAGCAUGUACUUAUUACGUGAUACAGUCAGAUGUGAAGCUUUUAAAACAAUCAGUACUUUGUUCUAACGACGUGGCUGCAGUUACUGCUGUGUAGCACUGAGGGGUUGGGGUGCUAGUGUCAGGUAACCCCUGCGCUAUAUGCAGGCAUUGUGUGGGGCAGCUGUGGGCUCAGCGGGAGGACCCCGGCUUGCUUCCUGCCUGCGCUGAGCAUUUGAUUCGGGCGGAUACAGGCCGUGUCAGCUUCAGGCUCAGGACACACAGGGGCGCGAUGUCUCCAGAAGUGACGCUGAACCGGAUCUCCCCGGCGCUCUCCCCGUUUAUCUCCAGUGUCGUCAGAAAUGGAAAAGUGGGUUUGGACUCCACAAGCUGCCUGAGGAUUACAGACCUGAAGUCGGGAUGUACAUCCCUCACCCCGGGGCCCAGCUGUGAUCGCUUUAAACUUCAUAUUCCUUAUGCCGGGGAGACGCUGAAGUGGGAUAUAAUAUUUAAUGCAAUCUACCCCGAGCUGCCACCUGACUUUAUAUUUGGAGAAGAUGCAGAAUUUCUACCAGAUCCGUCUGCUCUGCAUAACUUGGCGGAAUGGAACCCGUCGGACCCAGAGUGCUUGCUAUUAGUAGUGAAGGAACUGGUUCAGCAGUACCACCAGUACCAGUGCAGCCGGCUCAGUGAGAGCUCCCGCCUCAUGUUUGAGUAUCAGACGCUGCAGGAGGAGCCGCAGUAUGGAGAGAAUAUGGAGAUCUAUGCGGGAAAAAAGAACAACUGGACCGGGGAAUUCUCCGCUCGCUUCCUGCUCAAGCUGCCUGUGGAUUUCAGCAACAUUCCCAUCUAUCUUCUAAAGGACUCUAAUGAAGACCCGGGGGAGGAUGUCGCCCUCCUUUCAGUCAGUUUUGAGGACGCAGAGGCUACGCAGGUUUUCCCCAAGCUUUUCCUGUCUCCGCGGAUUGAGCAUGCCCUCGGCGGAUCUUCGGCGCUUCAUAUCCCUGCGUUUCCAAGUGGGAGCUGCCUUAUUGAUUAUGUCCCUCAGGUCUGCCAGUUGCUAACUAACAAGGUGCAGUAUGUGAUCCAAGGGUACCACAAGAGGAGGGAAUAUAUUGCUGCUUUUCUCAGUCACUUUGGCACGGGGGUGGUAGAAUACGAUGCGGAAGGUUUCACCAAGCUGACCCUGUUGCUGAGUUGGAAAGACUUCUGCUUCCUGGUGCACAUUGAUCUGCCCCUGUACUUCCCGCGGGACCAGCCCACCCUGACGUUCCAGUCUGUGUAUCACUUCACCAACAGUGGGCAGCUCUACUCCCAGGCCCAGAAGAACUACCCCUACAGCCCCCGCUGGGACGGCAACGAGAUGGCCAAGAGGGCAAAGGCCUAUUUCCGAAGCUUCGUGCCACAGUUCCAGGAGGCUGCAUUUGCCAAUGGAAAACUCUGAAGUGCACGGUGCCCAUCGCUAUGGAAUCCGGAGACUGGCAACGCCCCGUGAGAGGUGCAAAACCUUGUGUCAAGUACCUGCCCCUGUGUGUGGGGGGGUUUGUAGUGACGGCCAGAGAAACUAUUGCGCCAAGCGCUUCCAGAAUGAACUUCGUACCCAAUAAGCUAUAAGAAAGGGGCUUGUGGGCGUCGGCAUGGCUAUCACUGGCUGCACAAUGAGCCCCACGGGCCGUGCAACGAGUGAUACAAUACAUUUGCCUUUUCCUUUUAUUUCAUCCAAUAAAAUGUUUGUUGUUAAAA